GAAUACAAUGUUUUGAGAAUUGAUUGGAAAAUACUAUAAAUUCUAUAAACAAAUAAAAUAUUUGAAUAAAAAGUUUUUUCUCAUUUGUUUUCAACAAAAGUCUAAGUAAACAGAGUUUCGCCGAUCGAGUGACCAGUUUUUGACUGAUUGGACCCCAGAAAGUGGCCAAAAGUGGUCGACAGAGACAGUUUGCGGCCGAAAAACAGGGAGAAAAGCGCGCAAAACACGACUGAAGUGGUGUUUGGGUGUGAAUGACGGUGUGAUUGAUCACUAAAUUGGACGACAAAUCAGUUAUCGGGAAAAUACUCGAACUCUCGGAAACCGAUUGUAACACAAAUGUCUUCAUCGUCGGCCACACGCGUUGCGGAUAUUUUCAAUGCCGCGGGAUUUGCGUUCACGAAAUUGGGUGAACUGUCGAUGACUUUACACGAAACGGAAGAGUCGAGCGGUGCGGCCACUGGUCGAUGGGAUGCCGAAGACAUUAAGAACCUACAGCUUGCCGUCAAGCGGUUCGGCGAAGAUCUCAAUAAAAUAUCGGAAAACAUAAAGAAUAAGACGAUCGCACAGAUUAAGGCCGGAAUCAAACGUAAAGCCGUAGACGACAGCGCCAGCAAAUUGGUGGCCACGACGACGACGCCUAACAAGAAACUGAUGACGAGUCCUGUCAGUAGUGGACCGGCAACAGCUUCGGUGACCAUAAAGACACCGAAAUCGGUAAAAACGACAACUCCGACAGCAAUUGUCAAUAAUAUUGUUGUCAACAAUGAGACUAAUCAUAACUCUGGCGACGAUAGCCUGUCCUCACUGUCCAACUCACACGUCAAGGUGUUUGACUCAUAAAGACAUUGAUUUAUUAAUUGUUUGUAUUUAUUUUAAACACAAAUUAUUUUUUU